AGGUUCGUUGGACAUGGGGAAGAGGGUGGGGGAUCAUGAGAAUAAUCUUCAUCGUUUCUCGUUAUUUGCCAUUCGUAGGUCUUGGUAUGACUGUAUACUACUCGGUCGGGUCCACUCAUGGAGGAAUUCCCGAUGAUGGGAUUUUCAGUGCUGCAUAUGAUGGUAUCCGCUGGUUGGGUAUAGCUGCUGCUGAGCUCCUGCUUGUGGUAAGGACCUACGUAGUUUGGGGGUGUGACAAGAGGUUCUUGACUUUGACUUUGACAUUUACCACGGUCGUCUCAGCAGCGGUGCUGGUAAUCUCAUACGUUGAUGCAAGUGAAUCCGGAGAUUCAACUGGCGUGUUUGUGGCAGGACGGAAUACCAGUGUUAUUUAUGGUUUGUUGAUGUUAGUUGAGCUUGUGCUGAUGACGCUGACACUGUGCAAACGCUUCAAAUCUUUUCGAUUGGAUGGUAGUCCGUUGGUGGCUACUUUAUGUCGAGAUGGCAUAAUUUCCAUACUAUGUAUUACUCUGGUCUCGAUGGCGAAUUGCAUUUCCGUCAUUUUACUACUUCCAUCCUACACCGUACUUCUUGCUGGCCCACAACUAGUCGCGCAUAGCGUUCUUGCCUCGCGCAUCCUGUUCAAUUUACGAGAAAUGUCCGACUUGCAGGACGGUGUAACAAACGACAUUAUUUUGGGAGUGGUUUCUCAACCCAUAGCGUUUGAAACUCCACCUUACACAGAUCCGGAGCUGUGGGAUUUUACAAACUGCUAGUUCGAUGUCUAUACAAUCUUGUUUUUUUUAUCGAUAAUUCUAUGCCCUUGUGAGGUCAUUAACGUAGUCAAU